AUGUUCCAAUGUGGUCUUUUGCUGACAUCGAGGUGUUCGUUGAGCAUUCCCAAAACACAGCUUGGGAACCUCAUUGAUGUUAUAUCGACCUACUCCGAAUAUGAGAUAGCUCAUUUGCAGCAUCACGUCGAUUUCUUCUACUCUAAGUAUAUGUCUUCACUAACUGCUAUCGUCACCACAACACUGGACAUUAUCAAUAGUCGAGUCUUUCCACACAAUGCGCCCUCCUAUUACGAUUGGAAUGAUCCGCGUCUCUCAUUGCCUGCACCCAAUUUGGAAAUCGCGUUCCCCUCGAAUGGUCAAGCUAUCUGUAACCGAUUCACACUCCUCCUUGUAACGGGAAGUCAUAUUAAGUACUUGGUGUCCACACUGCGUUUCAUGGCGGGUUCAAAGUACAUUCGAGAGGCUUUUAUAAUUUGGAGGGGGGACAUGGCUGAUGUCGCAUCACGUGAGUACUUCCCCUCACUGGGUCAAGAACAGGCGAUUGUUCAUUUGCCAGAAACAGUUUCAAGCAGUUUUUUGUUUAUUGGCGAAGAUGCUAUUCUCCCUCGCAAUAUUUCCGAAAUUGACUUUGCCUAUGAGGUUUUUGCCAUCCGAGUCUUGGAGCUGCUGCCCGACGAAAUGAACAGCCUGAUCGUCUCGGAGAUGCUGAGUUGUGCGGAGGUGGUGCUGCCGGAGCUGGCGGUACAGCUGUCCGGUCAGCCGCCAAUGGCGGUCUCCGCACACUCACUCAAUAGUCUUUCUUCCCCUGCUGACUCACCCAAACGCGCACCCGUCUUCAACCUCGGCCUUUCGCUCCACCCUCGUGAGCAGUGCCUCAAACUACUCACCAUCAAUCACCUCCUGCCUCUGCGCCAAGAGAACCCCUCUUUCAUUGUCUACCCACUUUAA